CGAGCAGACAACACUCGAGCUUUGAUACAGACAUGAGCAACAUCCCAAUCGUAACUGUGCUAACGGCACUUUCAGCUGCACUCACUGGCGUCUUUGGUGCCACGGACUAUUGCAAGCAGAACUGCGGAAGCACCCAAAACAUUGGCUGCAACAACGAUGGCGCUUGGGGAUCGAGCUGUCCCAGUGACAGAGCCUUGGUGAGUCUCUCGGACGCUGACAAGAAUGUGCUUUUGGCCAGCCACAAUGGACAUCGCAACUUCAUCGCCGGCGGAGGCGAGAGCAAACUGAAGCCCGCUUGCCGCAUGGCCACCAUGCAAUGGGACGAUGAGCUCGCUUAUCUGGCCUCCCUCAAUGUGCGCAGCUGUCAGAUGAAACACGACGGCUGCCGCAACACCGAUGCCUUCCAGUGGGCUGGACAGAAUCUGGCCUGGAUUGGCUUCUUUGAUCCUCUCAAUAAGACCGCUAGCCUAAUCCAGAGCGUGGACAUGUGGUACAGCGAAGUGAAGGACACCGAGCAGUCAUACAUCGAUGCCUAUCCCACCAACUACAACGGACCCGCCAUCGGUCACUUCACCGUCAUGGUCGCUGAUCGCAACACCCAUGUGGGAUGCGCUGCAUCCACUUACUCGGUGCAGGGACAAUCCUACAAGGCUUUCCUCUUGGCCUGCAACUAUGCGGCCACCAAUGUGGUUGGCAUCAAGAUGUACAACACGUGCUCUGUCCCAGCCAGCAAGUGCACCACGGGCGUCAAUCCCAGCUACAAGUUCCUCUGCAGCGUCAACGAGGUAUACGAUGUUAACAACUUGUGGUACUAAGUAUGAAGUUAACAAUGCAACAAUUCGAAUAAAAUACCAAAAUUAUUAAGAUGAAUAUGAAGAAUAAACUAAUAAUGUUUUAAUAU